UAUAGGUAGGUAGAGGUACGCAACAAUGACUAAUGAAUCCCCAAGAAUUUCUACGUCUUUAUACGAGUAAUUGUGCGACAAUUUUUUCUUCAGUAUUAUUCGAACCGUCGUUCAAUGUGUAAUAAUAUUGUAAUUGAAAGUGAUACUAAAAUUGUACACAAUAUCGCGAGUUAAUGCGCGAAAAAUGAGCUCAGCAGUUCGGUGUGAUAAGGUGUUAUCAGAAUUAUUGAUAAGGAAAUGAAUUAAAUGCAAAUGCAAAUGAACUACCUAAACGUCGAUUUUCACAGUAUUUUAAAAUAUUAUUAAUUCUUAAUAAAAUAUAAAGAAUAUGUUCUCGUAGCGUAUUUUUUAUUGACUCAUUUCGGUUCGAUUCCACUAUUCAUUUUCAUUUCCACAUGUUGAAGUUCUCGCCCACACGUUGAAAAAUGAUCUCAGUGUUUCAUUGUUAAUUCAUUCAUAUAAGUUCCGGUGGCAAACGAACCAAAACAAGUUCCAAAAAACAAAUGUAUGAGUGGCAAAAUGGCCAGAAUUGUUAAAUAUCUUCUGUACGGUUUCGGAGGUGUUUUCCUUCUACUAGGAUUGGCAAUUACAGGAUUUUGGAGACCUCUCUAUCGUCAUUUGUUAGCCUCUAAUCUCGCAUUAACCAAUGGAAGUCAAGCCAAAGAAUUGUGGACUAAUGGUGCGGUUCCUCUUUACUUUAGAGUGUACAUGUUCAAUUGGACGAAUCCAAUUCAAACAUUAGGUCAUAUAGAAAAACCUAAUUUCGAAGAAAAUGGACCUUACACAUUUAGAUUUCAACAAUUAAAAUCUGAUAUUGUGUGGAAUAAUAAUCACACUGUUACGUAUAAUGGUCGACGAGUUUGGGAUUUCGUUCCUGAAAAAUCUAAAGGCAGUCUUACAGAUAUCAUCACUAGUAUUAAUGUAGUCGCUGUGUCAAUUGGUGAUCAAGCCAGAUGGUUGAAUCAUUUUGACAAAAUAUUAGUAAACCAGCUACUCGCUUAUAAUGAAAAACAAUUGUACGUCACAAAAACCGUAGAAGAAUUGCUCUUCCAAGGAUAUCAAGAUAAGAUCUUGGAUUUGGGCAAAAUAUUAAAGAAAUACAUUAAAAAUUUCGACUAUAUGACCGAUAAAUUCGGAUGGUAUUUUGGAAAAAACGAAAGCCAAGUUGACGUUUACAAUAUCCACACUGGCACAGAUAAUAUCGACGUGCUCGGAAACGUACACGCUUGGAAUUAUAAAACUCAAUGCGGAGUGUACUCCGGUCGAUGCGAUCAAGUACACGGAUCUUUGGGCGAUCUAUGGCCUAUGAAUAUCACCGAAGGAGACAUCGCUUCGUUAUUUAUAUCGGAUUUAUGCGGAGCUUUCGAUAUGAGUAAAAUCGGACCGAGAGAAUUAUACGAUGUCGAAGGUGUUCGUUUCGCUGGUACCGAGCGAACUUUCGAUAACGGUGGAAAAUACCCGGAAAAUAGCUGUUAUUGUAAAGAUAACCAGUGUACUAUGGCACCCGGUGUACGAAAUCUAUCCGCUUGUUUACGAGCUCCAAUUUACGUAUCGUUUCCUCAUUUUUAUUUGGCUGAUCCGAGUUACACGAAAGAUAUCAACGGUAUGAAUCCAAGUGCUGAGAAGCACGAGUUCUCUUUCACUAUGCAGAAGGAUUCAGGUGUCAUGAUGGAGAUCUUCGCUCGACUUCAAAUCAACGUCAAAGUUGAAGCUUUUCAAGGAUUAAAUUUCUUCUCGAAUUUACCCAGCAUGUUAGUUCCUUCGUUAUGGUUUGAUCAAUACAUCGAAAUGCCCGACGAGUUCAAACGAAAGUUAAAAUUCGGCUUCAAUCAAGUUCCAAAUUUAUUAGCAGCCAGCGGAUUUGUGUUCGUUAUCUUAGGAGCUUUACUUCUGGUCUCCGGAUUCGUCGUCGCACGUUUGAGUUACUCUUCGGUUCCUUACACCGUGGGCGAUAUUUGAUUUCGAAUCGCCAUCUUCCUAAAGAAACCUGUGCCAUAUUUCAACCCUCCGAAGGAGACUGGAGAGAUGCCUAUCGUUCAAUCGUACAUUUCAUCUCAUUUAAUCAGAACAUUAUCCAUUAUUUUGGUUGCAAGUUGCUCUAGUCAAAUUGAACAUCGCAUUUUGAAACGUUGUUAUUCUACGAACUGCCCGGGAAUAGUUUACGUAUUUUUAAUGUGGGGUGUUUUGAAAUCAGGUGUGAGUAUUUUUCGUCUGUUUUACUCGAAUCAAAAAAAAAUAUUGAAAGUGAAACACGUGGGAACGAUGAGUAAGAAGUGAUAAAUGAUAAUGCUCGAAUGAUUUAAUUUUUUUUUUCGUUGAAAUAAUUUUGUGAUAUCAUUAUAACAAACCGUAUUUUUAAAAUGGAAUAUAUAUUGUGUAAAAAAUGGAAAUUAUUCAUUCGUUUCAAGGCUGAUUUAAUUAUUUAUUAUUUGUAUCGUGUGUAAAGUUUACUAUUUUACGAAAAGAAAAUAUCGAAUACAUUUUCAUCCAGUGGA